GAUUUUAUCAAUCUUUUCACUCAAACCAAGUUUGAACGCAACGAAGUGGACAGAGAGUCAUACACUCCUCUCUACAGUCAAUUCGAGAGAUUUUAUUACAGAAAUAUAUUGAGAAGAUUCUGUGAUAUGUGGACCUUUACCAUAGGCUCUGUUCCCGGGCCCACAGCACUCGUACUCGAGAGACAGUUUGAUGAGCAUAAUGUCAACUGGAGAUUUACUGGAAAAAAGUUAGAUGUGAUAAACUUGGGUUCGUAUAACUACCUUGGUUAUUCUGUAAAUGAGGGCCACAUCACUGACUCAGUGCAACAAACUAUCAAAGAGUUAGGAGUUGGAGUCGGGAGUACACCAAACGAAGUCGGGAGACAAGAAAUACAUCACAAAUUGGAGUCAUUAGUGGCACAGUAUUUAGGAGUUGAGGACAGUAUUGUAUACGGAAUGGGAUUUGCAACCAAUGCCUUCUCAAUUCCAGCACUUCUUGGAAAGGGUUGUCUCGUUAUAAGCGAUGAGCAAAAUCACGCCUCACUUAUACUGGGCUGUCGACUGUCCGGAGCUUUCACUAAAGUGUUCAAACAUAACAAUAUGGAAGACUUGGAGAGAAUCGUGAAGAAUGGCAUAAUUGAAGGACAGCCUAAAACACACAGAGAGUGGCGUAAAAUUGUAAUUCUGGUCGAAGGCAUCUAUAGUAUGGAAGGCACUAUUGUUCACUUGCCUCAAGUCAUUCAAAUCAAGAAUAAAUAUAAGGCUUAUUUAUAUUUAGACGAAGCGCAUAGUAUCGGGGCGUUGGGUCCCAAAGGCAGAGGGGUUUGCGAUUAUUACGGGACAGACCAGAGAGAUGUAGAUAUAUUAAUGGGAACAUUUACCAAGUCGUUCGGCGCUUCGGGUGGUUAUAUCGCUGGCUCUAAACAACUAAUCAAUUAUUUGCGCCAAAAAAGUGCAAACUUUUAUUACGCGAAUCCAAUGUCACCGCCGGUUAUCAGACAAAUAUAUUCAGUGAUCACAGAAUUGAUGCAAACAAACGAUAGCCAAAGCAAUGCAUCGCUAAAAAUCAAACGAUUGCACGAAAACACUAUUUAUUUCCGCAAAAAAUUAAUUGAAUUGGGAUUUCAUGUCGAAGGAGACACCGAUUCCCCGGUCGUUAUUCUCCUCGUCUAUCUCGAGUCACCCCUAAAAUGUCUAAUGAAAAGACUGUUUUCGUGUGGCAUAGCUGUGGUCGGCGUUUCAUUUCCGGUCACUACUCUAUUGGGAGCGAAGGCUCGCAUCUGUUUGUCUGCAUCCCAUUCACAGCAAAUGAUUGAUCACACAAUCAAUUGUUUGGAUCGCAUCGGAACUGAUCUCCACAUUAAAUACAAUAAACGUUAA